UAAAGGGGGAAUCAUUCAUGCACUCCAAAAUAUACGCCAACCGUACGAUACAUGACAUGACAUGACGCUCAACAGUCUGUUCGGGAGAGCUUUAAAGAGUCGAAGUUUUUGAGAAACAAAUUAAAAAUUAAAAAUUAUGGAUGCCCAGCAUGUGCCCAAAUCUGAGAGCGACGAUAUUGUUUCUCAAGAGAUAGAUUUCGUCACCUUGGGCAUGUUCAUCAUCGAUGAAAUCGAAUUUCUCCCACCGACGCCUCCGGUGAAGGACGUCCUUGGCGGCGCCGGUGCUUACUCCGCUUUAGGGGCGCGGCUCUUCUCCCCGCCGCCGCUUUCAAGAUCCGUGGGGUGGAUCAUUGACAAAGGCUCUGACUUCCCACCGGCCUGCGAAGACCUCAUCUCUACUUGGGAGACCUCGGCACUAAUACGUCACACGCCCGAGCGCCUCACCACGCGUGGUUGGAACGGCUAUGACGAGCACGAGCACCGCGCCUUCCGCUACACCACGCCUAAAAAGCGUCUCACGGCCGAGGACCUAACCCCGACCUUACUCACGGCGCGCUCCUUCCACCUAAUCUGCUCGCCCGCGCGGUGCCGCGAGCUCGUGACCGAGAUCAAGGCGCGGCGGAGCGGGCUCUCCGGGCCCGACGGCUGCGCCCUGCCGAAGCCGAUCUUCAUCUGGGAGCCGGUGCCGGACCUGUGCACGCCGGACGAGCUGCUGAACUGCACCAACGUGCUGCCGCUCAUCGACAUCAUCAGCCCGAACCACUCGGAGCUGGCCGGGUUCAUGGGGGACUCCGGGCUCGACCCCGAGACCGGCGAGAUCAGCACCAAGGCCGUCGAGCGCGCCUGCGAGCAGCUGCUCGGCUCCAUGCCGCUCCAGUCCUUCGCCAUCGUCGUCCGCGCCGGCGAGAAGGGGUGCUACCUCGCGCGCAACGGCGGCCGCAAGCGCAAGGUGGCGAACGCCGGCAAGCCGCGCCCCCGCGCGAAGAAGCCGUCUGCCCUGUUGCACGGCGGCUUGCAGCCCGAUACCGACAUGGAGGCCCUCUUCGCGGGCCUGCUCCAGGACCCCGAGGGCACCAUCGCCCGCGAGGAGAUCGAGGUCGACCCGGGCGUCGAGCGCUGGAUCCCCGCGUACCACACCGACCCCUCGAAAGUGGUCGAUCCUACCGGCGGCGGCAACACGUUCCUAGGCGGUCUGGCCGUCGCGCUGGCCCGCGGGAAGAGCCUCGAGGAAGCGGCUGCGUGGGGCAGCAUCGCGGCUAGCUUGGCCAUCGAACAGGUCGGGACCCCGGUAUUAGGGAAGGAUGACCAGGGGAACGAAACUUGGAACGGGGUAAAUGUGCAAGAGCGGUUCGAAGAGUUUAAGACGAGGUUGGCUUUUAGUGCUUUUAGCUAAGAGGUUUGGGUAGGUAGGUAUCUUGCAUAUAGUACGGUACCUGCAUACCUACCUAGUCAUGAACCAGAUAAGACAGACAGGACAA